AUGCCGCAUAUCGAACGCCCGCCAGGCAUCCAAUACGUUGCGGCGCUAGCCAUGCCGAGCGCCGUCGCCCGCCGCCGCCCCCGAAGCCCGCUCACGCCCGAGCAGCAAGAGCAGAGCCGGCAGCGGUCCCGGCUCUACUACCUCAAGCACAAGGACAAGGUCAUUGCCAAGGCCAAAGCGCGCUACGAUGACAACCGGGACGACGAGCGCGCGCGCCGGCGCGACGUCUACGCCAUCAAGAAGGCGCGCCAGUCGCUCCCAAGCACCGACGCGUCGUGUGCGGCCGAGGUCGGGCGAGAGCCCAAGAACAACGCGCUGUCGAUCCAGUUUCUCCUCAACUAAUAGCUCUCGUGUCCGUUGCGUGCCGUGGCGUCGGACUGCUCUGAUUCAAUAUAAUGUAUGUUGCGUGCCCA